ACUUGAUAACACACCACUAAGCUAACUAUCCGUACCUUGGCACACCACUAGGCCAUUGCUAACUAGUGGUUAUCGUUAUCGUCAUCGUCAUCAAUCCCCACAAAUCUCAAAGCCUUAUCUAUGACUAUAACCAUUAGUAAGAGUGUCACUAAAACACGGUGAAUGUAAGAAAGAUAUACACCACCACCGUCAGCACAGUCCUCGUUUUCCCUCUUUGUUUCUUUUCUUUCCCAUAUAACUAUAAGAGAGAGAUAAAGAGAUAAACAAAUAGAGAAAGAUAUACUAAGAAUUAGGUCAAGAGAGAACAUCUCCAUUGGUGAACCAUUGCUUUCCUCUCCAACCCUCUCUCUCUCUCUCUCUCUCUCUAUACAUCAAACCCUAACCCUAAUUUCAACAAGAGGAACAAUUAGGGAAAGAGGAAACGAAGGAAAAGUAGUAGUACCUCAAUGACGGACCGCGUCUACCCGUCGGCGAAGCCGAAUCCCCAUCCACCACCGCCAGCCGCCAACGGCGCCGCCGCCGCCGGAGGACCACCAUCUUUCCCCGCAACCAAAGCCCAGAUGUACGGCGCCACCCGCCCGGCGUACCGUCCGCAACCGCUAUCGAAGCAGAGACGCCGAAGGUCUCGCCGUGGGUGCUGCUGCGCGUGCUGUCUCUGGCUGAUGCUAGUCAUCGUUGCUCUAAUUCUCCUCGCCGCCAUCGCCGGCGGUGUGUUCUACGUGCUCUACCGUCCUCAACGCCCCACCUUCUCCGUCUCCUCACUCCGCCUCUCAACCCUCAACCUCACCUCAAACCAUCUCAACUCUCGGAUCGACCUUUCCGUCACCGCCCGAAACCCUAACCGCAAGCUCGUCUUCCUCUACGAUCCCAUCACCAUCGCCGCCUCAUCCUCCGGUAUAGACAUCGGCGACGGCUCCUUCCCGGCGUUCACCCACGACACCAAGAACACCACCAUCUUGAAAACCGCCCUAACGAGCUCCUCCCAAAGCUUGGACUCCUCCACAGCCUCAGAUCUGAAGAAGAAGACGACGAUUCCGCUGGAGAUCGAUCUGGAAACCAAGGCCGGAGUGAAGAUCGGAAGCCUGAAAACGAAGAAGAUCGGGAUCCAAGUCUCUUGCACGGGGAUCAACGUGGCGGUGCCCAAGAGCAAGGGCAAGCCCUCCGCCGCUGACUCUCCAGACGCCAGCUGUAAGGUCAAGAUUCGCAUCAAGAUCUGGAAAUGGACGGUCUAGAUAAAUUCCAUUUUUACUUAAAUAAUCCUCAUCUCAUGUAAAAAAAUCAAGAAGAAAAAAAAAACUAAGAAAACAACGAGAGUGAUGAUGGUUAUCUUCC